GUACCAUAUCGCGCCAACUGAUGUGCUAGCACUUAGCUACCACUGCAGACCGUGGAAAAAAAAAUUUGUUCUUCAACGUAUAAAUCAACUCGGACGAUUGUCGGUGCUCGCGAGUGUGAUUAACUCGGGCUUUUCAUUCUUAAGUAUUGUCAUUCAACGUUAUAAUACUAUUCUAUUUAACUUGCGAACGAGUUUUUUUUUUACAAUUUUUUUACCCGUCGUUUGGCAUUUUCGCUACCUACAUAAACGUAAAAGUUCUAUAAACAACACCACCAUGGGAAGCGUCGAGGAAAUUUACGAGGGCGAAGUGCACCGCACGAUAACCCGGAGGACUAGCUACAAAAUUAAAGAGACGACCACGAAAAAAACCACAACGAUGACUACCGUUCCGGCCAAGCUGUACGGCAAGAAUCUAAGCGAAUACGAAGAACUCGACGUUGAAACGCUAUUGUCGCAGUUAUCGCCCGAAGAGAUCAGUAUCCUUUCGAAAGAAGUUGAUCCCGAUGAUAAUUUAUUACCGCCCUCAGAGCGUUGUAGUUAUGAAUGCAAUAAAGAAGCUACUGGACCACUUAAUAGAAAAAAAUUAAUUGAGCACAUAAACAAACAAGCACUGGAAACACCAGAUUUACCAGAAAUGAAACCAUAUGUUCCAGGAACAGUAAGAGGAAAGAAGUGGGUAGCGCCUGAAACUAAUGGAAAUUCUGAUAGCAACGAUAAAAUUGCUAUUGAUCUUGACGAUGAAUAUGGAGAUGCUUUGAACAAUGCUUCACAGGAGGAAAUAAUCGAUUUAGCUGCUAUACUUGGAUUCCAUUCGAUGAUGAACCAAGAUCAGUAUCAUGCAUCAUUGUUGAACAAAGGUCAGCCUGUCGGUUUGGGAUGGGACGGAGUUACUAAAGCAACACAACCAAAAGUCUAUCCGCCAGAACCUCCAAAUCAAACAGAUCCCGAGGAUAGCAUCAAACGUGUUCGUGACGAUGAUCCAAAAUUACUUGAUCUCAAUUGGAACAACAUAAAAAAUAUUUCCGAUGAAAAGUUCGAACAAUUAUUCAGCGCUUUGGUGGAAAACACUCACUUGGAAACAUUAAGUUUGGUCAAUGUCGGGCUCUCAGAUAGGUUGGCUGGUAAAUUAGCGGAGGCUUUAGAAAAAAAUUGUACUCUACGCGUUUGCAAUGUGGAAACAAACUUUAUUAGUCCCAUAGGAAUUGUCCGCCUGGUGAAAUCAUUACUAAAACAGAGGUCCUUGGAAGAGUUUCGAGGCACCAACCAGAGAUCGCAAGUAUUGGGAAACAAGAUUGAAAUGGAAAUCACCAAACUGAUUGAACAAAAUCCAACACUGCUUAGACUUGGUCUGCAUUUAGAAUAUAACGAUGCUCGCCAUCGUAUUGCAUCACAUUUGCAACGGAACAUUGACAGGAUACGCCAGAGCCGCGUGGGCGCAAACUCCGCAUAAAUUUCAUAUUACGGCUACCUACACUAUUUAGGCCGCUUACGCAGAACUGGUCACUUCGCGCGUACAUUCACAGGCGGAUGGGUCAUACACAAAAAAGCCGUAUAAAUACUCAAGUUUGUGCCUAGACUUUGGUCCUAGACUAUAUAUUUUAAGUUAUAUUAUUAUUAUCUAUUGAAUUGUAAUUUUUUUUUCUUGAUUUUGUAUAUAUUUAUAAAUAUUUA